AUGUCAUUAUCAAGUCCUGGAGAUGAAACACCUAGUCCUUCUGACAGACAGAACGCUUCUGUUUGCGAUUCUGAAGGCAAAUAUGACUAUACAAAAAGCAGUGAAGUUGGAACGGGUGUUGAAAAAUUGUAUAAUAUGUUUCAAGCUGAGUGGAACUCUGUAAAUGGACUUACUAAAACUGAAAUGCUUUCUAGUUUAAGUCAAGGUACAAAACCUAAGUCAAGUUCAAAUCAAAAUCAUCAAAAGCUUGGCCAUGUAAGUUUAUAAACAUGUUUUGUAGCAAGAAAACUAAUUUUGGUCAAUCAUUGUCUCUAUUUUUAGGAUGUCGUAUCAAAAGUAACGUUGCCGAAGUCGCAGUCUCCGUUUGCUAUUGCAGUUUUUAAGGCUGUAGCUCCGUAUGCGCAUUUACUUUUGGAAGGCAAGGAAACAUCAGGUCGAAACAAGCAAAUAUGGGAUAAGAUUCAUAAUGAUUUUGUCACUAAACACCCAGAUUUAAAUCAAAGUGGACUUAGAAGAAGAAUGCAAGUGGCAUGGGCAAUGAAGAAGUACAACACUAAGAGGAAGAAAGGACCAUUGAAUGAGGUAAAUAUACUACUUGUUGUUAUUUUUACGUUUUUAAUAGAUACGCUUUAUGCGUAAACGUUUGACUUUUACAAUUGUAGGUAGAUAAAACAAUUGUAAGUGCCGUUGAACAAAGCCGGACUAAUUUGCCGUUAAUACCAUUGGAAAGUACACCGAAAAAAAUAAAAAAAUCUAUCCAACAGAAAGAGCUGGAUGAAGUACUAACUGAAGAUGUGGCGUUAAUACCAGAAAUAGGAGAUAUAAUUUAUGCUGGCACAAAAAAUAAUUUAAGAAGACCUAGAGGCAGGCCCAGGAAAUGCGAUGGAGUAACUCGGUCGGGACCAUCAGCUACACUGUACAUAUCUCCAAGUAGCUCGAAACCUUUAAAUCUACAAAAACUAUUGGGAAUCGACAGAUCUAUCGAUGUGGAUGACACGCGUAGUGUGAAUGUUGAUGAAAGUGCUAAUUUGUAA